AUGAUACCGGCAGACGGCAAAAACGAAGAUGUUGAGAGAAGGGGUAUUUCAUGGCUUUCCUCCGAGGGCGGAAUUUCUCCAUCCGGUUGCCUAUCCACAGUGAACACCAGUUUGGAAACUGUGCUUGAGAGAAUAGAGGCGGGGUUUCAGUUCGACUCCCUGGCGGUGGAUGUUCGCGAGUUAUGCAUAGAGAUUAAUAGACUAGUUGCUCAUGUAGAGUCAAGCGGUGUGUGGUGUUCCGCUGAAACGUAUGGGAUGCUGCUUGCCACCUUGUCACGCCUACGUACAGCUGUGGCGCAGGUGCGGAGGUACGACAACACGAGGCGCAAGCCGACGCUCACCUCAGUUCACGCCCAGAAGCUCCAAACGCCUCGCCUCCCCGACGACCUCUCUAUUGCCCUCCCCUGCCCUCAGUAA